UUCUCUCUGGUCCCUCGAACUUGAACGUUUGGCGACAUUGCUGUCAAAGUAAAGAAACUGGUAUUUUCGUAACGCGAAACGCGAGUCGAGUUCGUUUAGUACGUCGCGUUUACGUAGCUUCUUGCGUUAAGAAUAAAACUUCUCGCGCAAACGAGAGGAAGAGCAGGAAAAGGGGAACGUGAAAACUGCACGUUCGUGUCCGCGGUCGGAGGAACGUCUUCUCCACGAAGAUCGAUGCAUCCGCGAUCGUUCGCCGAGUGGCGGGACGGCGCGUGUUGCACGACAUCGUCCUCACCAGGCGAAGAUUAUCGAGCGACGCAACCUCCCUACUGUGGGGUUCUCAUCCCGCCGGCUUGUCGCAAGUUUAACAACCAAAGAGAGGAGUAGAGCGUAAGAAAAAGAGGAAGUGAGGAUCCUAAACACGGCUGAGAGAUAAACGAUUUCGAGUCUUAGCGAGUCUUCUUGUUCAUCCUAAUUAGUUCAUAGCUCUUUCUUAAUCGACGAUGAGCGACAAUAAGCAGGUAGGUGAAAAACCCAGUAGCGAGGUUGCUAAUCGAUUUGGAAGCUGUAGGGAUCUAAGCGACAUUGUGCCGUUGUAUCCACCGCGCUUUCUUUAUCUGAAACCGCUUGCCAAAGUUAACGUGUCGGUCAGUCUGCCCCAACUGAAGACUCCAGGCAAAACUAUAUCAACAUGGGAUGUAAUGGAGAAGAUACGCGCGCUCAUCCUGCCGGACGAGUUUGCGUCCCUGAAAGUGGCCAAGAGCAGCCUGGAAUUUAUCCGGCUGGAGGGCGACCUGCGGGACCGUUGCAGGUUGCCAAAGGUGUUGGCCAGGCUGGAUUCACAGCGCUUGAAUUUGGCCGGCUUCCCCAACGUUCUCAAGGUCCGCGCGGCCGAGGCAAAGGACGACUUCCCGACCAGACACAGCUGGGAUUCCUACUUCAGAGACGCAAAACAUAUGAACGAGUUGAAGGCCGGCGAAAGGCCGGAUACUAUCCACAUUACCGGUCUGCCGGUUAAGUGGUUCGUCGAGGAUGGUGCGAGGGUUCCAAGCGAGUCGCUUAUCUGUAAGAUUUUUAAGAAGUGGGGUACACUGAGGAAAGUAGAUGUGCCUGCCGCAGACCCCUACAGGUCCAGGAUGCGACUCAGCAAUAACAUACACAAGUUCAGCUACGAGGAUGGCAUUUUUUUCGAUGCGUUCAUACAAUAUAACGAAUACAUGGAUUUUGUUAGGGCGAUGGACGCCCUGCGUGGCAUGAAACUACUGCAGAAGGACGAUCAGAACACAUUGACCGCGACAAUAAAGGUUGAUUUUGACAAGACUAAGCAUAUGAGCGACAGCUCGGUGUCGCAUCGAGAAUUCGAGAGAAAGCGUUUGAUAGCGCAGGACAAUUUGGCGGCCGAGAAACUUCGAAGGAAAGAAGAGGCAGAAAAGAAGCGGCGAGAAGAACAAAAAAAAAAGGAGGAGGCAAAUUCGAUAGCGAGAUUAAACCGGCAGCGAAAGCGAGAAGAAAAACGAAAACGGAAGGUACUCACGACAUUUCGCAAACAAGAAGAGGACAAGGUAUCAAUGAAAAUUGCUAGGGAAGAAAAAAAGUUGAUAAAAGCUCAACGACAGUUGGAAAGUAUACGAUUAUUAGAUGAAGUGUUUGAUAGGAUAAAGAUAAAAGUGGAAAAUAAUGAGAUUAAGUUGAAUCAAAGUGUAAAUGCGGAAACGAAGAAAGACGAAAAUAAAAACGAUCAAGUGAACGAAAGUACUAGUAAAUUAGAUUCAGAAAACGACAAGAAAAAUAAAGACAAGCAGAGCAAGAAGAAAAAAACGAAGAAAGAAAAGAAGAAAAAGAAAAAGCGGAAGAAAUCUCAGAAAAAACGGAAAAGAAAUGAUGAUUCCGGCUCGGAUAGCACGGCCGGGGAAGAGGAGACAGAUGAAGAGACGAACAAGAAGAAACUCAAGAGCGUCUUGAUAAGGAACGACCGCGCACCUUCAUCUGCAGGUGCCGUUGUUCCAGCCGCAAAUCUUCCUUAUGCACACUCUUACUCUGAUUCGAUAUCGAUGUCGAGGAUGCCGAUGUUACCGCCAAUCGCGACAGGACCGUAUCAUGCGCUAAGGAUAUCGUUGCCAAGGUAUCCAGGAGCACAGAUGUUGAGGCCGCCAAUGCCAGGCUAUUCAUUGAUCCAUCAUCAUCCCAUGUUACACCCUCCCAUGGGAAGGGGCCGAAGAUACAAUCCUCGAUGCGAUAUGAAUUCUUAUGCUUUGACCAAUCCCUAUUUGUACAAUGGUCAAUAUUAUGAGUACUUUACACAUCUGGUGGAUCGAGAUUCGGAGCGGCGAGACUCGAGGACGCACGGACGUCGAAAAUCGAGGAGUAGAUCUAUCUCGAAGACGCGAACUAAAUCGAGAUCCAAGACGAGAUCUAGGAGCGUUUCCAGAUCGCGUAGCGCGAGACGAAGCGAUUCACGCUCCAAAAAUAGAAGGUCAAGAUCGAGCUCUAGAUCGCGAUCGCGCCGUUCCAAGUCAUCGCGGUCCAGGAGUCGUUCUAGGUCCCGCGGUCGGCGGAAAUCGGCAAGUAGAUCCAUUUCCAGAAGAAGGACAAGAUCAAAUUCCAGGUCAAAGCGCAAGAGUGGCUCCAGAUCGCGCAGCAGAUCGAAGUCGAGCUCCAGAAAACGAAGCGGUUCUAGAUCCAAACGAAGAUCACGGUCCAGGAGUCGCUCCAAGUCCCGCAGCAGCCUCAGGACCCGUUAUAAGAAGAGACGCGGCAGAAGAUCCGCCUCCGUCGUUAAAGUCACGCGAGCGAGAUCACGACCCAUAUCACUCAGACGGAAAUCGCGCAGCAGUUCCUGGUCAUUGCCCAAGUCCCCUGAUCGACGAAGUUGUUCUUGGUCGAAAACAAUUCCCGCGAAUAAUAUUAGUGAGCAAGAUGUGAACGAGAUAUCCAAUAAGGGCAUUGAAGAGGAAGCAACGAAGACAACAGAGGUACAGAAGGAAGCAAAGUGAUAAAUUAUUUAUGUUUUAUUCCUCUGUUUUCGAAGUGUAACAGGAAAUAAUCUUUUUUUAAAUGCUGUGCUAUGUGUGAAAAACUUAUCAAAAUUGAUAUAUUAUAGUAAUAUGCGAAUGUCUGAGAAAACAAAUAUAACUUCUUUCUAUAUAAACUGUAAAUAAUUCCAUUAUUGUAUGCAAUCUUCCGCGGGAAUUUUUUUUUUUAUAAGUUCAACUCCUAAGAUGAAUUUAUUAGACAGAUUUAUUUGACUACGAUAUUUUAAUUUCAUUUAUCAUUGCAAACUUAAUUUGUGUGAAAAAUGAAAUGGUUAUUAAUAAAAUUAUCAAGAUUA